UAAUUUGCUGAAGCUUUUCCGGGUCGGGAAUUUUAAUAUGACAUCAAGAUCGGAGAAAGAUGUUCAGUUCUUGAUGCUGCCGGUCUGUACUUCCCAUGUGGUUGGUUAGCUCCUUGUUCGGUUCGCAAGUUUGCACGCGAGAGCGGUUGUUAAAGGUUAUUCUGCUGCGAAUCCAAACCCCAUCCCCAUUCACCAAUCCGCUCAGUUUUUUCAUCAUUUCAGUGGCUGAAAGAAGCAGAGAGGUUCAUGAACAUGGGAACUGGAGGACAAAAACAGCUGAGUUUGGUGAUGGAAAAAGGAAGCUUUGAAGAGAAGCCCUUUCAGAAUCCUCUGUGCUCAUUGCUUGGAUUGGAAUCAAAGUACACUCAAAAGGUCUUCAAGAACUGAACCGUGAGAGAGAGAGCUCGCUUUCACGUCAACAUUGUGGCCAAAGAAAAUUCUUACUCCCAUUUGAUUGCUCUGAGCUGGACAUCCCACCACACCCAACUAUGAAAGAGCCCUCUCAACCAGAAACGAUCUAAGGCCUUGUUUUGCUUUCCCUAAUUCUAUCCACUCAACUCUGUGACGUUGUGGAAGGAGGAAACCUAUUCGUCGCGACGACAAUGGCCGAGACAUUCCAUUGUUUUGUACCCAAAAGGUGUCGUUGCAACCAAAAUCACAUUACAUAGCAGUUGCUGUUUUUCACCCGCAAAGAAAGUGCACAGAAAGUCAUUGCAGAUUACAGCCCGGAAUGGCAAAGCGGUCGGAUUUCGCUCAGAAGCUGUUGGACGAUCUCAGGCUGCGGAAAGAACGCCUGGCCACAUCUCAGAGCUCGAGCCAUUCGCAUUACAAGACAGGAGGAGAUGCAUAUGGCUACUCAAGGCAAACACACCGAGGAUCAACACAAAAUAGGACGGGCGCUCCAAGAAGUGCAAACACUCACAGUAGGUCUAGCGGAGGCCAGAAAUCACUUUACAGCGGAGAAGCUUCAAACCAGAUAGUUGCGUUCCGCAGAGGCCAGAGUUCGCAGCAAAUAGGAGAUCUGUCCAUGGCUCUCGCUCUCGCCGUCGAAAACGGAGGAAAUUUCCGAAGGAUGGAUUCGUCGGGCAAUAGUUCGAUGCUAACUUUCCUGCAUCAGAUUGGCCGGGGCUCUGUGGAACUCAACCAGAUGGAAAGAACAAACAGCAUGGAUCGGCGCCAUUCGUCGACCAUCCAAGUCCCGAACCUCUCUCAAUUCCACAUCAAAGAGAUAUCGAAGGGCGCGCAGAAAUUGAAUCAGAUCCUAAGAGCUUGGUCAAGCGGAGUAAACUUGGAUAGGUAUUCGAUAGAAAUCGGAAAAGAGCUGUUGAAAGGGGCCAUGGAUUUGGAGGAGUCGCUGAGGAUGCUAGUGGACUUGGAGGAUGCUUCAGAGUUCAUGACUGAGCCGCAGAGGAAGAACCGCCUAGUUCUGCUCGACGAUGAUGAUGACGGUGAAGGAGACGUAAUAAAGAGUACUGAACAGAAGCAGCUUGUCCUGCCGCCAAAAUUCUCCUUUGAUGAUCCGGCAAGACGGUCUCGCAGAAAUCAACAAGUUAACGCCAUUCAAAAGCCUGGAUUGCCAGCUUUGACUUAUCCUGCAGAAGCUACAAGUUUUCACUACAAAGUGCAAACUCAAUCUCACGUCAAAACAGCUUCUCACAAGCGGACAACUAGCUUUGGCAACAAUACACGAAACCUCACCCCGCUCCAGGAACAGUCGAACCUCUCCAAUUCACCGCAAACAAAAUCAGAAAAGGGAAGAAUGUCCAAUGUUAUCGCUAAACUUAUGGGGCUUGAAGAACUUCCAGUAAAUCACGAUUCGAGAUAUACCCGAGAGAAAGAUAAGAGCUCCAAUCAGACGUCAGACCGGAAGCUCCUAAAGAAGUCAACACAAGGGAGCACCGGGGAUGUCGAACCAAAGAUAAGAGACGCUCCCAAUCUUCCCGUUUCAUCCAUCCGAACGGCGCAGCCAGGAAAGAGUCUAUUGACUCAGGACAUCACCAGUACAGUUCUGGGAGCGGAAAAGAGACUUGCCACUAACAGCGUUAGAUCAGAGUUGGUCAGCUCGACUGAAAAACUGCCCUGGAAGGAAACUCAAAAGGUCAAUAGUGAAACAAAGAAGGAGCGACCAAACACUGACCCGUUCAAUCAAAACAGCGGAGACCAAAAGCGUAAGCAGGAAGCAGAGAGGAAAAAAGAUGUCAAAACGAUGAGAGAACAGAAAGGCGCAGAGAUCCGAGAAAACAAGGGACAGACCCAUAAUGACGAGCUGUAUCAUAUGGCCCCAAGAACUCCAAGAAAAAACGAAUUUGGACCGACCCUGCAAGAAAAGCUGGGGUACAAGGAAAGGAAAGUACAAAUGGAAAAGAGAAACGCUGACGUGUUGUUCCCAGUUCAUCCGCAAAUGCCUCAAAGAGAUAAUGGUUUUGAGCAAUCUUUUGUGCUGCAGAGACCAGAGCCUCCUGAAGAAAAGCGAAUGAGAGUAGAGAUGAAGAGCCAGGAGGUGCAAUCUAAAGGAAGUGAAAUCAUCCACAAGGCUUCACCAAAGCCUGUGCAAGAGGAAGUAUUAAGCUUCCAAAAAAAGAAUCCGCAUCUGGACCAAUCAAAACCUCAAAAGUUUGUUCCGGCAGAUUCUAUUUAUGAUGCGCAGGCCAACAACCUUCCAGACCAAAGUCGACCGCAAAAACGUGUCCCGAGAAGGGUAAAAUCUGAAUCAGGAAAAGGGAGGAAUAAUGCCGUGCCGGUGGUCGAGGAGAAACGCAUUCUCGAACCAGCUCCAAGAGCAAGAAAGGCCACGGAACCACCGAAAAACAAGAUGCCUCGGAAGCUGAAUGAAAUGAAGAAGAAAAGUGGAGCCCUACAUAAUAACUUGGCGAAGCCACUCCCACAAGCUUCCUAUAGAGAAGGAGCAAAGCAGAUAAGGCGUGCAAGACUGGAUGGUUCUGCUGAAACUGAACAAGCGAAAACCGAUAAGUCUGCUCACAGAGAGCACAAUGUCAAGCCUUCGACAGCCGAAGCAAGCCUCCAGUGGCUGGCUAAUGCACCGGAACACCAGAAAGAAGCUGAACAACUAGCACCUGCUUAUGCUUGCGACGUGGAUGAAACCCCAGAGCUCGAGGAAGCACGAAACUUCCCAUAUGACUUGAAUCAAAAUGUAUCCUCUGUAAUCCUAAAUGAUCCACACGUCAACUCGGGAGAGUUUGGCAGAGAUGAAGAACUGAUGUCUGCGACAAUUAUUUCAGAACCGGCGGAUGGAACUGCAGGAGUGACAACUUAUACACAUCAUCUUGACAAAUCGGAAGACAGGGACAUUUCGAAGUCCGGAAUUCAAGAAAAAAUGACGGAAUGCGAAAAGCACCUCAAGCACAUUCUGAUGAAAAGUCAUCUAUUCCUAAACACGGCCGAGGCACUUUUCAAUCUCGACAGCCCCGCGGCCUUCCUACACGUCAGCGACGAGAACUCACUCGGAGACGACGACAAGCUCAUAUUGGACUGUGGCUACGAGAUAAUGAAAAGGAAGGGGAGGAAGCAAGAGCUCGCCGUCCACCCCUUCAUGAAAAUCUCCAUCGCUUUCGCGAGGGUGAGGACGAUCGACGAUCUCGUCCACCAGUUGAACCAAAACUUCAACCAGCUGAAACUGCAUGGAAGGAAUGGGAAUCCCGAAUGCGAACCGGAGUACUACCUCCCUAAUAUGCUCGAGAUCGAUGUCAAUGUCGGCGAUCCCGACACAAACUGCAUGUGGGACUUCGGAUGGAACGAUGCCAUGUUUGCCUUCCUGGAAAAGGACGACGUGGUGAGAGAUGUGGAGAAGCAGGUGAUCAAUGGACUCAUCGACGAGAUGACGAGAGAUCUUUUAAAUCCCUGAGCCAUUUUCGCCCGCCGGGCCACUCAAGAAGGUGAUACGUGAGGUCGCCAUUUCCCAUCUUUUCGCAAUCAGUUUCGCUACAGAACCCGCCGAAGAAUGUCGUGGACCAUCUCGAUCCGACUUGGGUUUUGUUUUUUUGACUCGUGACGUCUUUAAAGAGCUGUCCCGCGUGCUGGCCUUUCUUUUUGGCCGAUUACCAUUUGAAUUUCUCUAGUGUUCAUUACCCUCGUCGAAAUCGUCCCGUGU